GACGCUCUCCGUCAACAUCCCUCGCACGAGAACCAGACAAAGUAACUAAUAAAAGUAGGAGGCGGAGCAGUCAUGCUGUUGCUCUGCCUUCCGACCCAUUCUUCUGCGUCUUCCUUCGGCGGUCCUACUUCCAGUAGAUUGAGCUCGAUAGCGUCGCACUGCGUCUUGAAGCACCAGAUCGAGCUGGCCGAGAGAUCUGGAAAAAGGGAUGGCGUUGAAUCGCGGCUACAAGCUCCAGGAGAUUGUAGCACACGCUUCUGAUGUGAAGUGUGUGUCAAUUGGGAAGAAAUCGAACAGAAUUUUUGUCACGGGUGGUGAAGAUCGCAAAGUUAACCUAUGGGCAAUUGGUAAGCCAAAUCCACUAUUGAGUCUAUCAGGCCAUAUGAAUUCUGUAGAGUCAGUGGUGUUUGACUCAGCAGAGGUCUUGGUUCUUGGAGGAUCAUCAAAUGGCAUAAUUAAGCUUUGGGAUCUGGAAGAGGCAAAGAUUAUUCGGACACUUACUGGGCACAGAUCAAAUUGCACUUCUGUUGAAUUCCAUCCAUUUGGUGAAUUCUUUGCUUCUGGUUCUUUGGAUGCUGAUCUUAGGAUAUGGGAUAUUAGAAAGAAGGGAUGCAUUCAUACUUACAAGGGCCACACUGGGGGAAUUAGAAAAAUUAGAUUUACACCAGAUGGACGAUGGGUUGUUACAGGAGGAGCAGAUAACGUGGUGAAGCUGUGGGAUUUAACAGCAGGAAAGCUUCUGCAUGAUUUUAAGUUCCAUAAUGGACCAAUUAGGUGUAUUGAUUUCCAUCCUCAUGAGUUUCUACUUGCAACAGGUUCUGCUGAUCGAACUGUGAACUUCUGGGACCUAGAGACCUUUGAAUUAAUAGGCUCUGCAGGGCCUGAGGUUACCAGGGUAUGCUCAAUGAUCUUUCACCCAGAUGGAAAAUCUCUCUUCUGUGGGUUGGAUGCAGCCUUAAAGGUUUUCUCUUGGGAACCAAUAAGAUGCCAUGAUGCUGUUGAUAUGGGGUGGUCCACUUUGGCUGAUCUCAGUGUUUAUGAAGGAAAACUUUUAGGAUGUUCCUACCAUGAAAAUUGCAUUGGACUUUGGCUAGCUGAUAUAUCACUCAUUGCUCCAUAUGCUCUUGGAGUGGUUCCAAAAGUAAAUGUGACUGUUGAACCUACUUAUGUUCAAGGAGAAAUCCAUUCCCUGGAAUUGACCGAUAUCAGCAAGAAAUCUAAUACAACACCUACCUCUGAGUAUCAAGAAAUUGGAGUUAAAACUAAGGAGACCAAAAAAGGAUCAUUCUUAACCUCUGAUGAUUUUCUGCCAAGUAUAACACCUGUAUCUAAUUCAGAUUAUGCAUCCACUACCCCAUCAGUGAUUUUGAGUAGAGUUAUAAGGGAUAAAACCUCUUCCGGUGGCAUCACUGGUCCACAAAAAAUUGAUUCUAGGAUUACUUCGGAAGCAUCAAUCAGAAGUGCUGCCACAUCCAAAGUUGUACGAGGUUCUCUUAAUUCCUCAAAUAGAAGUUCACAAAUUUUGCCUUCAAAGAGUACUAUGUUGACUUCUAUUUCUACUAGUGCAAAAGAAAUUAGUUUGGUUAAUGCAAAGCAACGCCCGAUGGUGCAAGCAUCUUUGGGAACACAUUCUCCAGUGUCCAUGUCGGUUGUUGUACCUAGAGACAACAGAGAUCUGGACAGUUUCAAAGUUAAAAACAUCACUCCUGAGACAAUUUCCCAUAAUUUAAGAUUGAACAGACCUGCUCAUAAGCAUAAGCCAUCAUUUGCUUCUGGAGAUAGCAAGGGCCAACUGGUAGAGAAAGCAUCUGUGAACAUGAGUGAGAGAUGUGAUUCAGAUAUUAAUUUAAGACUGUUCUCUGGUGUUGCUGGGAACCAUGAUGCUGCAGAAACUGAUAAAAGAGAACAUGACAAAACCAGAGACAUUGCCAGAGAUUUUGAAAGAGUAGUAUCACUAGAGCAGCCUGUACACUCUCAGAAUGACCAUUGUGAGGAGUUGACAUGCUCGAGCAGUGAAACAAAAUCAGUGACAUAUGUUAGGGGAGUUGCUGUUCAACUUGGGAAGACGCGGACUCUAGUUGAAUGCUGGGAGAAAAGAGAGAGAUCUAGUAGUGGGAACAGGAAAGGAUUGCUGCUACAUGACGAACAGAAAGAAUCAGAGCAGAGUUCUGAAAGACACUUGUCAAUAUCAGAAGUUGAUUUCAGUCCAGAGACAUUCGUUCAAAAUCAUGAUGCAUUUGUAAAUUCUUUGAAAUCUCGCCUAAUGAAGUUACAGAUGGUGAAACAUUUUUGGGAACAAAACGGCAUUAAAGGUGCAAUAGGUGCAAUGGCCAAGUUGCUUGACUAUUCUGUCCAGAUUGAUGUGAUCAACAUUCUCAAGGAGAAAAUUGAUCUUUUUACCCUUGAUCUAUUCUCACUCUUGUUGCCUCUUUUUGUUAGUUUACUUAGCAGCAACAUUGAGAGGCAUAUUAUUGUUGCCUUGAGUCUGCUGUUAGAGCUCGUUAAGUCAUUCAAACCAGUUAUUACUUCAACAAUAACCGCAUCUUCAACUGUGGGGGUUGAUAUUCAAGCAGAACAGAGGCUGGAGCGUUGCAUCCAUUGUUUCAACCAUUUGGAAAAGAUAAAGCAACUUCUUCCUCCAUUAAUUAGGAGAGGAAGGGGAGUAGCAAAGCAUGCUGGAGAACUCAACAUAGUUUUACACAGCUCAUGACCAAAUGAACAUCUGAUUUCCUUAUAACCUUUUUAUAUGCCUGAUCAGGAUUUCAUGCUCAACUACACUGGCAUGACAUACAACAGCAAUCUUCAAUUCCAUCAAGUUCAGCAUGGCCAAUUCUAUAUCGUAAGCAUAUUGAUAUAUCGUAAUGUAUCAUUGUUUGUGUUUUCCUAUUUUGCCGUGAGAAACUUGUAGACUUGUGAUAUUAUACCUUACUGGAUUUUGUGAACACAAAUAUUAUUGUAUUUUACAAUGAAAAGAGAAACUUGUAGACUUGUUUCACCUACGCAA